AGGAGGAGGAAGCCGCUCCGGAGCUGCGAUGGGGAUUUGAACGCACCUCCGCACUGAAGACAGCGGGGUCCGCCUCACUUUGUGCCCGGAUUUGGAUGAUCGAAUUCGGCCUGCUGACAGAGCUCGUUCGGGGUGGUCAGUUGUUUUCUCCGGAGCUGGAGGCCGGGAGCACUGCAGCGUCUGUGGGGCUGCUGGAGGCGGAGAGUUGCCGUCGGUCGGUUCCGGUGGAGACACCGGAGGACCUGCGCGUUUCUGCGUUUCUCUUCCACGGGAUUAAGUGAUUAACGCUCCGGUACCGGGGAGUUGGAUGUGUGUUGUUCCCCGCAGGAGUCAACUGGAGUCCGGGCGGAGAGACGGGGCCGAUGGCUCAACGGUAUGAAGACCUGGCUCACUACGGGCUGGAGGGGUUGGGUGGGAUGUAUGGAGACCCUCACCAUCAUCAUCACCACGCCGCCCGCUCGCUGCAGGCCGUGCACAUGGCCGCUGCUGCAGCCGCCGCCGCCGCCGCCGCCUCUGCUGGUCCGUACCCUCCACACCAGUACUCCCAGUCCACACACACAACCAGCAGCAGCGGCGGCAUGGGGGGGGCCGGGGACGCCGCCAAGAGGGACAAAGACGCCAUUUAUGGACAUCCUUUAUUCCCUCUCCUCGCACUGAUUUUUGAAAAAUGUGAAUUGGCCACGAACACGCCGAGAGAAAGCGGCGUGGCCGGAGGAGACGUCUGCUCCUCGGACUCCUUCAACGAGGACAUCGCCGUCUUCUCCAAACAGAUCCGAUCAGAGAGGCCUUUAUUUUCUUCAAACCCAGAACUGGAUAAUUUGAUGGUCCAGUCGAUACAAGUGCUUCGCUUCCACCUCCUGGAGCUGGAGAAGGUCCAUGAGCUCUGCGAUAACUUCUGCCACCGGUACAUCAGCUGUCUGAAAGGGAAGAUGCCGAUCGAUCUGGUGAUGGACGACAAAGACGGAAACAAGUCGGACAGCGAGGACUUCCUCCGGUCGUCAGGGAACAACAUGGAUCAGAUUUCAUGGAGCAGAGAUCACGACGACGCAGCAUCGAUUCGUUCGGCCGGGACGCCGGGUCCGUCCAGCGGGGGACACACGUCUCACAGCGGAGACAACAGCAGCGAACAAGGUGACUGCAUGGAUAACGGCAUGGCCUCUCCGAGCACGGGGGAUGACGACGACCCCGACAGAGAGCGACUGCACAACAAAAAAAGAGGCAUCUUCCCCAAAGUGGCCACAAACAUCCUGAGAGCCUGGCUGUUUCAGCACCUGACGCACCCGUACCCGUCGGAGGAGCAGAAGAAGCAGCUGGCUCAGGACACCGGCCUCACCAUCCUGCAGGUCAACAACUGGUUCAUCAACGCGAGGCGGCGGAUCGUUCAGCCAAUGAUCGACCAGUCAAAUAGAGCAGUGAGCCAUGCAGGACCGUACGGCCCAGAUGGUCAGCCAAUGGGAAGCUUCGUUAUGGACGGACAGACACACAUGGGAAUCAGACCACCUGGUGCUAUGGGUGGUGUCGGGAUGGGGAUGGGUGUGGAGGGACAGUGGCACUACAUGUAGCUCCACCAGCGACACCCUGCAGCCAGAGGGCACGCCCAGUGUCCGGGAAAACACCGACUCCAUCAGCAGACGUCCUCGACCGGCGUGGAGCAGGACCCCACGCCUCCUCACCCACCUCCCCACAGCCCUCACCCCUCACCUGGCCUGUUAACAGCUGACGACCACCGGAGACGCUCAUUGGCUUAAGAAUCAGACUCUGUGGGGACAGACGGAGACACUGGAAGGGAUAAUAAACAGUUGUGUCCUCCCUCAUGACACUGGAGGAUUUUUCUGCAUCAGGACAUAAACUUCUGUCUGGAUUUAAUUCCUGUGAUCCAACAGAUCUACACUCUCUGGACUACGACUACAGAAGCCUCAAGUGGACAUUUUGACACCAGCAGAGCUUCCUUCUCCUCCUCUCCAGCUGACCGACAGGAAGCUGAUGUCUGUAUGUCCCGAAGCGUUCUUUCAUGACGCGUCAACAAAUUGUUUUUCAAGAGGCUGAAUCUCUGAUGAAUGGACGGCAGAGGUCACGUGACCGGGCUGUUUACCGCGGACUCUCAGAGGACGAGAAACGUACGGGCGCCGCUGCUGCCUUUUUGCUUAAUAUGCUGUUUUCAAGGAAAGGACUUUCACUUUUCACACUGUGUGUGUUUGUCUUUUUUUCAUAGACUUCUAUUUUCCCUCGAGCCCCACAAACCCUUUGAGUUCUAAAAUAAAAAAGUGAAGCAAA